CCAUGAUGACACGUGAACACACACACACGGUGCUCAGAAUGACACAGCUCUGAUCGGAGGGAGGUGAUCUCUGAAAUUGCUCAGUGAGCACCCCUAAUUUCCCUGAUUUACAUUUCACUGUCAAUCACACCCAAUGGAAUCCAAUCAGAAAGCAGGCGGGGACGGAGUGACAGGGACGCAGAAGGAGGCGGCACUCCGGGUGCUCACGCAACGCACUGGAUACCAACUGCGGCAGGAGAACGGCCAGCGGCGGUACGGCGGCCCUCCACCCAGCUGGGACGGCCCGCCACCAGAGAGAGGCAGCGAGAUCUUUGUGGGGAAACUACCAAGAGAUCUGUUUGAAGACGAACUGGUUCCACUGUGUGAGAAGUUUGGUAAGAUCUACGAGGUGAGAAUGAUGAUGGACUUUAAUGGGAACAACAGAGGUUACGCCUUCGUCACCUUCAGCACCAAACAGGAGGCCAGGGCAGCCAUGAAGCAGCUUAACAACUAUGAGAUCAGGAAUGGCCGCCUCCUUGGCGUUUGUGCCAGCGUAGACAACUGUCGUCUGUUUGUGGGAGGGAUUCCUAAAACCAAAAAGCAUGAAGAGAUCCUGUCUGAGAUGAGGAAGGUCACUGAAGGGGUCGUAGAUGUCAUCGUGUACCCCAGCGCUGCUGACAAAUCCAAGAACCGAGGCUUCGCUUUUGUUGAGUACGAGAGCCACCGAGCAGCCGCCAUGGCCCGCCGCAAACUGCUGCCAGGUCGUAUUCAGCUGUGGGGUCAUGCCAUCGCCGUGGACUGGGCGGAGCCAGAGGUGGAGGUUGACGAGGACACCAUGGCAACAGUCAAGAUACUGUACGUCAGGAACCUGAUGCUGCAGACCACAGAGGAGACCAUCGAGAAAGAGUUCAACAGCCUCAAACCAGGUGCAGUGGAGCGAGUGAAGAAGAUCAGAGACUACGCCUUCGUCCAUUUCACUCAGAGAGAAGACGCCAUCAACGCCAUGAAUGCUCUCAACGGAAAGUUGGUGGAUGGGUCUCCUAUCGAGGUGACUCUGGCCAAGCCGGUGGACAAAGACAGUUACGUCCGUUACACCAGAGGGACUGGAGGGCGAGGAGGAUCUCUGCUGCAGACAGACUACACGGCCUAUACUCUGGGACAGGUGUACGACCCCUCUGCUGCAUAUCUCGGCGCACCUGUGUUUUACGCCCCCCAGGCCUACGCUGCCAUACCAGGUCAGUUUCGUUUCCCAGCGGCCAAAGCUCACGUUGGAGGUCGAGGUCUGAUUAGGACGCCGUCUGUCAGAGAAAUUUACAUGACUGUACCUGUAGGGGCUGCGGGGGUGCGGGGGCUGGGCGGGCGGGGCUACUUGGCCUAUGCCGCCGGGGGAGGAGCCGUGGGUCGAGGUGGCGGAGGUGGCGGCGCCCCUUACGGCCUGAAGGCGGACAAGCAGGUGGAGGAGAAGCUGUACGACCUGCUGCCAGGGAUGGAGCUGACCCCCAUGAACCCGGCUGCCAUGAGCCUGAAGGCCACCGCCAUCAAACCUGCACCACAGGUCCUGGAGGAGCUGUGUCAGAAGAAUAACUGGGGACAGCCUGUCUAUCAGCUCCACUCUGCCAUUGGUCCAGACCAGAGACAACUCUUCCUGUAUAAGAUCACAGUCCCAGCUCUGGCCACACAGUACCCCAAUGUCCACCCCUUCACCCCUGCUAAGCUGUGUACGGCUGUAGAAGAAGCUAAGAUCCACGCGGCUGAGCACACUCUGCAGACGCUUGGCCUUCAGACAGAGGGCACCGCAGAUGCCAGCUGUGCUACUGCCACCGCUGUGGCCUCAGUAGCCUUCCCAGGUUACACUCUGGCGAGCCCGGCAUCAUCAGCAGUCGCCUCCCAGCUUAAGCAGGCAGUAUCUCUGGGUCAGGACCUGACCGCCUACACCACCUAUGAGGGCUACCCUGCCUUCGCCGUGGCGACGCGCCACACCGACGGGUAUGGCGUUUUCUAGAGCAACGGUUUCCAAAGAGGAAAAAACACCGUAGCUCAGGCCGCAUUCACACUACACUGUUUUUUUUUUUAAAAAUCAGUUCAGUUCCUCAGUUCCUCAAAAAAGUUUCUCCAACACUUUUGCUAGACCACAUCAGUGCAGGUACAGAGUGAAAUCUUAUUGGCUGGUUGAUUAUUUCAGCAUGAACUCAGUUUCCUCAGGACAACAAGGAGACAGCAGAAUAGUGUGAAUGUACCUUUUUGCUGCUGCUUCAUGGUGAAUGAGAUCCAACCGACCGCCUUGGUUUGAACCAGGAGACGGAACCACUAAUUAAAACCAUGUCCAGAACUCUGGGCUUCGUCUUGUCGUAUGAAAACAUUUUGGACUUGUCUGUGGCCCUGAAACUAAUUCCCCACCUGUUUCUUCACAUCAUUCUUCACCUGCCAUUAUUGUGUAAUUGAUUAAGCAGCUAGUAGAUUGGCUGUAGGUUUGAAUUAAUGUCUUGAUCACUUUUUUUUUUAGAAGUAGUAUGUUUACAAUAUUCAAAAACCGAAUUGGCUAAAUUGCUUUUAUUAUUUUGUCCAUGUUUCGUAACCUUGCCUUAUUGUCUUGAAGAUAUCUGGACUUUGUAGUUCUUUUGAACGUCGUGGUCUUUUGCACUGUUGUGUAUUUCAGACCAUCUCAGUGGUUUUCUUGACCGUCUCCAAAGAAGGAAAAAUAUUUGUCAAUUGUUUGUGUGAAAUGAAUUGUUUGAUGUCUUAAUCCAAGAGAAGAAAUCCUGAUAUUUGGAUGGUUUGGGAUCAAAUGGAAACUCUGUUGUGGUCACUGAGGCUUUUUGGACUUUGUAGUUCUUUGUAGUCCAAAUGAACAUUGUGUCAUAAACCUUUGUCCCUCGUCCCUAAAACAUGAGACCAAUGUUCAUUUUCUGUGUUUUUCACUUUGCUCUUUCUGGCUUUAUAUCUGACUUUCUUUAUGUCAACACAAGGACUUUCUGGAAAGCUUUAUGUGGACUACCUGUAUGUAUGUAGGAGCGAGUAGCGCCGCAACAGAAACAUCAAAUUAUCAGCCGCCGGGUGUCAAUCCAAACAUCGCACAUCUUUCAUUACAGCUGAUACAAAUUAAGUCUUGUUUCCCUCCACUGCUGCUGUGUAGCGAUAAACAGCAGGUGGAGCUGAUUUUCCAGUUGCUGCCAUUAAACCACCACAGAAGAGGAUGAGGUCAUUAAAAGAUCCAGUCAAAGCUCAGAUGAUGAAAACCACAUGGAGAGGGGAGGAAUGUUCCAGCCUGCUCAUCUUCGUGCUCCAUGUUUAUUCACUCAGGCUGUUUCCAUUACACUUUGUCACAUUUAGUCUUUAUUGAUAAACCAACUUUUGUUGCAACGUUUUGCUUUUUGUGCAUCUAAAAACAGGUAGAUGGAAACACAGCUGACGUCGUGGGGGGAGUUGCCCAGUAAAAAUGUUUCAGUGUUUUCAUCCUCACAUUGUUUGUUGUUUGUUUGACUUUCACGCCUUUGGUUCAUGAAACAAAAAAGACUAAACAACCCCGCAGUCCUCAAACUAACCUCGUCUCCAGAUGUUUCAAACCAAUCACCUGACGAGUACGUAAACCAGUAUAAUAGAGUGUUCAGCAAAAGCCCAGAUUAUAUUUGUGUUGUGUUUUUACAUCCACUGCCAACGUCAGCUACGGUGGUUGAGCUGAGGUAAAGAUGGUAAUUAUGGCUGAUAAAUGAUGGAUGCUUAAAAAUAAGAUUUGGAAGAAAAAUCUGAGCCAAUAAAAGAUUAAAAGAUUUCCUCAGUGAAACCAUCCUCUGUUCACAGACUACAAGAACAAAUCUGUAGUUCGUUAAUCUUUGAUCUGAAAGUAGGAGUCAAAAUGAAAACGACAACAUUAGAACUGAUUCUGAGACAAACUGAAGCUCCUGUGACCUGCUCCUUUUCCUGAAAACCAUGAGCGCAGCGUUAAAAGCAGCAGCUGCCGGCUCCUCGUGACGACAUGAGCUGACAUCUGAGCUGUGAAUGUGCCAAAGCAGAGACAGUAUUAAAGUGUGUGAAGCACUUAGAACUUAUUUUUAUACCAGGAAGAAGAAGAAAUAUCCGGACACUGUUUGUAUAGAGUUAUUCUGAAUUCUGUUUGCCUCCAUAAUUGACUAAUCUGUGAUGAGGACUGAGAAUUGUGGGUAUUUAGGAGGGUUUUCGUUUCAUAAAAGGAAACUGCUUUGAUAAAUUGUGAUGUUUCAUGAUCGAUAAACUUCCUGAAAUAAAGGAACUGACAAGAAUCUGAAGAAAUCUC